AUGCGCACUUCCGUGACCAAGGCCGGCUGGGCCGCACGGCAGCUGCAGCGGCCUGCAGCUGGGCCGGUGACAUUUAGUGCUGUCCGGGCGUCUCCUGGCGUCUGCAACAAUACAUCCGGAGCGCGUUCGUGGUCGCCGCCGGAUGUGUCUUGCCGUCGCCGGCACUACAGCACGACCCAUGUCCAGACGACGACCGCCCCGAUCCCGCUAUUCGCCUUUGCUUUUGACAUUGACGGCGUGCUGCUGCACGUCAACGAGCCGAUUCCGGGCGCGGCAGCCGCGCUGCGCCACCUGCACGGCCACGGCAUCCCCUUCAUCCUGCUAACGAACGGUGGAGGUCGAUAUGAGGCCGACCGGGUGGCCGACCUGGAGCGCCGACUAGGGUUGGAGCUGCAGGUCGAGGCCAAGGAUGCGGCCAAGAACAAGAACACGCUGCCGGUGCUGUCGACGGAGAACUUUGUGCAGUCGCACACGCCCUUCCAGGAGCUGAUCGAGGACGUGCAGAGCCUAGACGACCACCAGGGCCGCACGACCCCGUCCGUCUCUCCGUCUUCUCCUCCCGCCGGCCUCCGUGACCAGACCAUCCUGGUGACUGGCUCGGAUGCGGCGCGCGCACGCACCAUUGCCGAGCGCUACGGCUUCCGCAGCGUGGUCACGCCGGCCGACCUGCUGGCAGCCUAUCCGACUCUCUAUCCGUUCGACCCGCUGCUGGCGUCCGUCUAUGCCAACACGGCACGACCGCUGCCGAAGCCGCUACUGCUCGAGGGUGGCAAACAGCCGGCAGCGACGGCCUCCGAGCUCGAUGACCGCCAGCACCUCCGCAUCGCCGCCGCCUUCGUCUUCAACGACCCCCGCGACUGGGCCCUCGACAUCCAGCUGCUCACUGACCUGCUGCAGUCGCGCCAGGGCUUCCUGGGCACCUAUGAUCCCGAGGCUGUCGCGCAUUCGCAUUCGCACUCACCUUCCCGGUCCAUGUCCCCCUUCACCCCCCCUCGCAUCUUCUUCUCCAACGGCGACCUCCUCUGGGCCACCACCUAUCACCUGCCUCGCCUCGGCCAGGGUGCCUUCGCAGCUGCCGUCUCGGGCGUCUGGGCCCAGCUGGCUCACGGCCAGGAAAUGGUGCCGCAUCGCGCCACUCUGCUCGGAAAGCCGAACCCGGCCACGUAUCGCUAUGCUGAGCGCGUGCUGCUGCGCUACCGCGAUGCGCUGCUCCGCGAAAUACAGCACGACAAAACGCCCUCUCACGCUGCUGCCGUCCCCCAGCCGCUUCAGACGGUCUACAUGGUCGGCGACAAUCCCGAGAGCGACAUUGCCGGCGCCAACCAGUUUCGCAGUGCCCACGGCACCGACUGGUGCUCGGUGCUCGUUGGCACCGGCGUAUAUAAUGCCGCGCGAGACGGAACCUCUGCCGAGCACCUUCGCCACCGCCCGCGGGUUAUCGUCGACGAUGUUGGCGCAGCCGUGCGCUGGGCACUGCAGAGGGAAGGCUGGCCGGCCGACUUCUGA